AUGAACUUUCCCUCCAAUGUGGACUCUGUUAAUGUGACAGAUAGCACUGAGACUGCAUUAACACUGCAGUGGAACAAAGUGAACAACAGCAAUGAUUACAGUUACAAUCUGACAUACAACAGUGGAACAGAAAUAUCCAUCAAUGCAUCAGAGGGAAAUGAUAUAGCCACAUAUACAGUCUCAUCUCUCUCUCCUGGGACUGAAUACAACUUCACUCUCUACACUGUGUUUGAAGACGUCAGGAGCAGUGGAUACAACUUCUCUAAUGUGACCAUUCCCUCCAAUGUGGACUCUGUUAGUGUGACAGAUCGCACUGAGACUGCAUUAACACUGCAGUGGAACAAAGUGAACAACAGCAAUGAGUACAGUUACACACUGACAUUCAGCAAUGGAACAGAAAUACCCAUCACUGCAUCAGAGGGAAGUGAUACAGUCACAUAUACAGUCUCAUCUCUCUCUCCUGGGACUAAAUACACCUUCACUCUCUACACUGUGUUUGAAGGAGUCAGGAGCAGUGGAUUCAAUUUCUCUGCUGUGGCCAGUUGUAGAAUGGCCAUGGUUCUCAACCAGGAGUCUACAGGCCCACGGGACAUGCUGCAGUGUUUCAGUGGCUGUGAGGAAGACUUUGUACAGAACAUGAAACAAUGGGACGUGUUGGUCAAAGCUCAGUUUAUUGUCCAGGAUGAGUCCAAGGUAUCUGAAGCACUCUACCAUGUCAACAGUUUCAUUAUUGAUGCAGGUGGGGCUGUUGGCGGAGUUGUGGGCCGUGCUGUGUGUGGUAGUGUUAAUCACCAGUUCUUUCGUCUUUCUUACAUUUACCUGCAGGUGAUUGUUCGUGCACCAUUGUGUGAAGUGGGAGAUGGAGUCUUGAUAGGUCGAAACAGAGUUAUUGUCAAUAAGGAGAACGAGUAUUACAGUGUCAUCAGAGUAUCUGAAGUGUGUAGUGAUGGGUGA